UUUUUUUUUUUUUGCCCACAUCCUAUCCCGCGUGUCGCGCAAACCUACCUCUCCUACUUUUCAUCAACAUACUCGAGUUUUUCGCCUGGCCUCUGAUAGUCCAGCGAGAACCCGCCAGCUACCGAUCAAAUUGCCUCGGGAGUGUGGCCCUGAGUGCAACUUGCCCCCCUGUCCUACAUCCCCUGUUGUAACUCGUUAUAUUCCCUCCCCCACCUCGCUCUCCUCAUACUCUACACUCCCAAGGAUGUUUAUGACGUCCCUUGCCCGGCAAGUUCGUCUUGCUAGGCUCUCGGCCUCGCUCCCAGGGUCCGCAGUGUCAGUUGCUGCUGCUGGCGCAAAGCAAAUUCAGCCAACCUUCGCUGCCUCGGCCCUCCUCCGGCCCACCAGACUCCCGUCCUCGCUCCUUUCGCGAGCAUGGCGCGCCUACUCUAGCGCCGCUGAGGCUCGAAAUGAGGAGCCCGGAUCGUCUGCACCGGGUCAGAUCACCCAGUUUGCCGACCUAUCAAAAGUGGGAGUCCAUGAGAACCUUGUCAAGGCCAUUGUGCAAGACAUGGGCUACCAAAACAUGACCGAAGUCCAAUCAGUAACUCUCGGUCCGGCUCUGGAAGGGAAGGAUAUGGUUGCCCAGGCCAAAACCGGCACAGGCAAGACGCUCGCGUUCCUGACGCCGGUGCUGUCACGGAUUCUCUCACAAGACCCUGACCUAGCUUCUCGUCAAUAUCGCACUCAGCGCGGAUCCAAUUCCCUCGGCAGCAGAAUCGACAUUCGUGCCAUUGUCAUCUCUCCCACCCGCGAACUCGCAGAACAGAUCGCCAAGGAGGCCGAGAAGCUCUGUGCCAACACGGGACUCAAGGUUGCGCUCGCCGUCGGUGGCACGAGGAAGAGGCAGUCUCUCCAAGAGAUGCACCGAUUUGGCUGCAACAUUCUCGUGGGCACUCCCGGGCGUCUGAACGAUCUGCUUAUGGAUUCGUCAUCAGGGGUGGUGGCACCCAAAAUUUCGGCUCUUAUUCUUGACGAGGCCGACAGGAUGCUCGAUGUUGGAUUUGAGAAGGAGCUCCGGUCCAUUGUCGAGACGCUUCCUGACCGGGAGAGGCAGCCCCGCCAAACUCUCCUUUUCUCCGCCACCAUUCCAGACAACGUCGUCAACCUGGCGAGGUGGUAUGUCGACCGGAAGAACUUCAAGUUCGUGCAGACCGUCAAGGAAGAUGAGGCACCCACCCACGAGAAGGUCCCUCAGUUCAUUGUUCCUGUCAAACGCUACGAGAACAUGCUCCCCGCCGUAAUCGAUCUCGUCACCAAGCAGGUCGAGGCCUGCCAGCAAGACCCUUUGAAGGACCCCUUCAAGGCCAUCAUCUUCUUCCCCUUCACCACCCUCACACACAUGUCGGCUAGGAUCAUGUCCCAGAUCGGCAGGGAUCUGCCCCAGAUACCAGAGGUCUAUUACAUCCAUUCCAAGCUGGACCAGAAUCAGCGCACGAGGGCAGCCGAAAACUUCCGAAGGGCCAAGUCAGCCAUCCUUGUGUCCUCGGAUGUGACUGCCCGAGGCAUGGACUUCCCCAACGUCACUCACGUCAUCCAGUACGGCUUGCCACCCCAGAGGGAACAGUACAUUCACCGCCUGGGCCGGACGGGCAGAGCAGACAAGGCGGGAGAGGGUUGGAUUCUUGUUCCCGAGUUUGCCAUGAACGACGCCCGGCGGAUGCUGGGCGGUUUCCCUAUCCAGCGUCGUGCGGAUAUCGAGUCUGCCCUACUUGACAAAGCCCCUGAAACUCUGGAAGACGCGAGUCCUAGCUACCGGGCCGUCGCCAAACAGCUUAGGCGCAUACCAGAAAACAUGCUGGAGGAGACCUACAUGAUCCAUUUCGGCCAAGCCGAAAAGCACCUGCUGCCCGUUCUGGUCCAGCAGCUCAACGAGUGGACCAAGAAUGCUUGGGGCUGGGAGGAACCGCCUGUGCUGUCGCCCAGCUUGGCUGACAGGAAAGGUCUUGCACGCAUCCCAGGUGUAAACAUCGGCACUAAGCGCAGAUCUCCGUCGCGCAACACCGAGGACGAGCUGGACUUUGCAGACUACCACCACUUCGGCAGUAAUUACGGUGGCGAUUCCGGCGGCUCCGGCGGCUCUGGCGGCUUUGGCAGUGGCAGCGGUGGAGGCUUUGACCGCCGGGGCGGCGGCGGCGGCUUCGACCGCAGGGGAGGCGGCGGUGGCGGCGGCUUUGACCGCAGGGCAGGCGGCGGCGGUGGCUUUGACCGCCGUGGAGGUGGCGGCGGCGGCUUCGACCGCCGUGGAGGCGGCGGCGGUGGCUUCGACCGUAGAGGAGGAGGCGGCGGCUUCGACCGCCGGGGAGGCGGAGGUGGUGGAUUUGACCGUCGGGGAGGUGGAGGCGGGUUUGACCGCAGGGGAGGCGGCGAUUCGUUGGGCUCCUUCUGAGUGCUGAACCGUGAUGCAGUGGUGAAAGCUUCUCACGCACGUCUGGCGGCCGGCACAGCACAGCUACAUGGCCAUCCACCGGGGUGCGAUGUUGUAACAUUAUAAAACAUCGGUGGCGGCGGCGCGUUGGUAAGGGGAAAAAAAGUCGACGACGGAAGACAUCGUGGCGGCCCCUUGUCCCGCCCUUUGUGUUUUUUUAUUGGGCAUCUCCACGGAUUUUCCUUUUCUGUUUAUUCCAUUUCCCAAACCACUUGGGGUCAUGACUAGGUAGGUAUGUAAGGAUUAGCUUCGCUCGGACAUGGUUCGAUGGGUUGGUUGGAUGGGAAAAGGGGCGGUGUUCAGGAUGUUCUCCAAAAUCACCACUAUAUACACCGACUUUCUCCCAGGCCUAACCUAUCAGCAAGGUGUCUCACGUACAUACUAAAUGCAGACGUAUGAGUGCUCAAAUAUGCGUCUAUAUAUUAUGUGGAACUUUUUCU